GGGAUAACAAUCUACAAACUGUAGAUCACAUUCCAUAUAGACUGUCUGGAGUUUUAAUAGAUUUAAGUUGAGAUUUCUACUAUAUAAUACAAUAUUACUACUGCAUUUGAAAGUGCACUAUGCCAGUUUCAGGGCACUUGUCAAAUUAAGUCUGAAAGUUAUAUAAUCUGAGUUUGUGUAUUCUAGGACUGUUAUGUAAUGAGGUUUGCAUGUAUUGGAUUGAGCAGGAAGUGGGCCAGUACAGGGUCCUCGCAGUCUUAUUGAUUGAGGACACACUAACUGACGAUAGCAGGCAUGUGGCUGAAUUAAGAAGACAUUUUUGUGGCAGAAGUUCAUUCCAAGGAGGUGGAGAUUUGAAGCAGAUUUGCUUGAAGAAAUACUAUAAUUUAUAUAGAUAAAUUCCUUGUGUGACAAGAUUUCAUGACAACUUUAAAAAGUCACAGACUCACUUUGUAUUGUCUUUUGGAAGGGUUGGCUGCCGAAGGUUGAGUUGGUUCACCUUAGAUGUGAGGACAAACACAUUAAUUGCGGAGAAAAUUCACCCGGAAGAUAGCUUAGUCAUCGCCUGGUGCAUUUAUCAUUAUAAGUUGUUGUCUACACAUCUGUUGCCAAAAUUUCAUCAAGAGAGAUUUUGAGACAAAAACAGAUUGAAGCCAAAAAAUUCAGAUUCUCAGACCAAUAUGGAGAAUAUGGAAAUACAUGUAGCUUAAAUUGUCUUCCAUUGUUGGAAAAUACCCUAUUAUAUUUUCUCGAAGCGGAAAAUUCCAUAUCAGGAAUAUCUGUCAGAAAAGCCCGCCUCCCGGCUGUAAUUAUUUAUGGUAGCUGUCAGUGGAGUGCGUAGACCAGUCAACAUUUUAUGGUUAUUUAAUAUGAGUGCACAGAUCCGGCUUGCCUCUCAUUGCUAGUAUUUUGGUCACUUAUAUUUACCAUGAAGAGGUUUGAGAUAGGGGACUGUUUCUUUCCUCUCUCCAGGAAAGAUGGACUUGAAGAUGAUGGUUCUAAUUUUAUAGAGACAGAGAGACGAGGUCCGGUGGUCAUUAUUCACCUCAAUCGGCCAGAAAAGCGAAAUGCCGUCAAUGCCAAAAUGGCAAGUCAGCUGACCAGAGCAAUGGAUGCAUUCCUGAAUGACGACAGCGCUCAUGUGGCUGUCCUCCAUGGCCGGGGUGGUCACUUCUGUGCUGGUGCAGACCUAGAGGAGGUGUCUCAGCGGGAUCCCCAGCAGCUUUUACCUGACCCUGAGAGUAGAGGCACAGGACCCAUGGGUCCAAGUCGUAUGGUGUUGACCAAGCCUGUGAUAGCGGCUGUGGAAGGCUUUGCUGUGGCUGGAGGCAUGGAGUUGGCCAUGAUGUGUGAUCUCAGAAUUGUGGACCAUUCUGCCGUGUUUGGGGUCUAUUGUAGACGAUUUGGUGUCCCACUGAUAGAUGGCGGCACUGUGCGUCUUCCCCAGUUGGUCGGGUUCUCCAGGGCGAUGGACCUCAUCUUGACAGGGCGGCCAUGUCCUGCGACAGAGGCGUACAACAUAGGACUGGCCAACAGACUGGUGCAGAAUGGGAAAGCUCUGGAAGCUGCCAUAGAUCUAGCUCAGCAGAUAGCAGGUUACCCUCAGGAGUGCAUGAUAGCAGACAGACAGUCUGCACACCACGCGACAUUUGAUGCCAAGAGGUUCUUUGAUGCGGUGCAGUUUGAGUAUUACAACGGGAGUGGGGUUAUCAACCACGAGGCAAUAAAAGGUGCUCAAAGGUUUAUGGAAGGAGCAGGAAAACAUGGAAGUUUUGAAAAUUUAAAUGAUUCCUACAAAAAGAAGAUGUCCAAGUUAUAGCUGUAGAAGAAAUUGUGGCAGCUGAGACAGUCAUGAUUGUGCCAGAUGAGAUGGUUGUGAUUGUGAAGGAAGUGACUGUUGAUUUUGAUGGACAGGGAUAUUUCUGCACUCAAAUCUCAGGAAAGACAUAUAUGAGAUGCUUAUCAUUUUUUUUCAUUCGAAGAAAUUUAUUUUCUCUAAAAAA